AUGAGUUUAGAGAAACAAGUUGUGCAAGUGGUUAAUUCUUUGAACUUGCAUCCCCAAGGUGGGAUGCCCGGUGAUACUAAGCCCAACCAAAAGCAAUUGCAUGUGGUAAGUACUAGAAGUGGGUUGCAAUUAGAGGUACUAGCUCCAAAGAAGAGAGAUAUUGAGGGUAUCCCAAAGUAUGCUAAAUACGUGAAGGACAUUGUGGCUAGCAAGAGGAGGCUCACGAAAUAUGAAAUUGUAGCACUUACUAAGGAGUGCAACUUAAGGAUCCACAACAGACUGCCCAAAAUGUUAAAAGAUUCGGGUAGUUUUACUGUGCAGAUUACAAUUGGGAAAAGUGUUCAUGCCCGGGGAUUGUGUGAUUUGGGGGCAAGUAUAAAUUUGAUGCCUUUAUCUUUGUAUCCAAAGCUUGGGUUGGGUAGUCCAAAAAGAACCACUGUUAUUCUCCAACUCGCUGAUAGAUCCAUUGCCAGACCUGAGGGGGUAGUAGAAGAUGUGUUAGUUCAAGUAGGUUCAUUGAUUUUUCCUGUAGACUUUAUGGUCUUAGAUUUUGAACCUGACGCUGAAGUUCCAUUCAUUUUGGGAUGA